UUUUGCAAUUAGAUAAAGCAUUGUAAAGCUUUAUAUUUUCACGUCAAUUAUUUGAUGCUUCGGAGUUGUGAACCUCCCUUUCGUUAUGGCAUUUCAUAACAUUUUAUACGAUAAUCAGGGACGCGUCUUUCCUCUAUAAGGUCAAACAUAACAAUGUGAUUGUCGAUAGCAAAAUUAUGCUAGUUCUUGCGAUUAUGUACUAUAUAUUGUUAUUUAUUGCUAUCUACUUUCCUCACGGGUUCACUGAUGCGCCCGUGUUGCCGGGCACAGUGAGAACGAGGGAACGCAUUUCGUUUCUCAUUCACAAAUUGACCAGGACACACUUGAAGGAACACGAAGACCCUGGUUGGCACGCUACUUGGCUUACCAGAGAAGUUUGCACCCAGCCUCUUUGUCCUGGAACUAAUUCAGGCAGGGUCGCUAUUAGUACGCCCUUUGUACAUUGUCCGAGCCAUGCCACCGCUGACGCCUUUAUCCUUCGAGAUUUAGUUACUUGUUCCUGUACAGGAUCUGAUGAAUAGAACAGUUUAUCUCAUUUUGAAUCACAUUCUUUAUAUCUGUAUCGACAGCUGCAGGAACAUCACUAGCUCCCACUCGCCCUCAACUCAAUCCGUUACUUUUAUGUCACAUGGAGACUCACUCUGGAACAACGACAGGU